AUGUCUAAGCCAUUGUUCAAUCUCAAGAGCACUGCAUCUGUUUUACAAAGAAAUGUUACAAGAAGGAAUAUUACUCUGAAUGGAACAAAUAUAUUAAUGAUAGGAAAGCCACAAAUUGGAAAAAGUAGAGAAUUUGAACAAAAUCUCCAAACUUUCAACGAGUGUUUAGCGAGUUUAAUAGAAAAAACUAAUCCAACCGAUGUGUUUAUUAUGGGAAACAUCUUAGAUUCACAAAUUACUGAAAAAGAAAAAUACAUAACAAUAUUUCUCGAUAGCUUGUUAUCAUACACAUGCAAAAUACAUGUGAUUUCAGGAGACGAAGAGAGAUUGCCAAUAUGUUCAUAUACAAACACACAAAUAGACAUAAUCAAAGAACAUGUUGGAAUUUUGACCAUUAAUCAGGAAUCUAAGGUAUUUAAGUUAUACAUUACCGAUUGUGCCGGUAAUGCAUACAAUGUUUCUGAAGAUUCAGGUUUAAGAUUUACUUUAUUCCUUCAAGAGCAUCUGAAUCGAGCAAUUGGCCAAUUUAGCUUCUUAAUUUCAUCAUAUGUUGAACCUAGCUUUAUAGAUUUUUACAACAGAGUUGCUUCAGUCGGAACUUUUAAUUUUCACGAAAAUAAGAUCGAAUAUUUACUCUUUGAUACAAAAUCAUUCGAGAUAUCAAUACAUUCAGACUUAGAUACAGCAGAAUACACAGAAAUCAAGCCAGAAACAAAAAAAGAAAAGUGCUUAUUAAUAUAA